UGUUCUUAAAAUGGCCGACAUGUGACGACGUUGGCGCAUGUGUUGGUUUACAGCGGGCAUAAUACAUCUAACCUUACAUAUAAUAUAGAAGAAGAAGAACCUACUGGCUACUGCCGUUUUAACUGACGAAGAAGAGUUUGCGCAAGUGGUUGAGGUCAAUUUCUUUGUUGUCGUGGCGGAUCACGAGAAAAAAAUACAACUAUGUCGUCUCGGAGCACCACGUUACAGUCAUUUGGUGAACAUUUCAAUGAAGGGCACAAGAAGAUAUCUUGUAAAUUCUACGGCUGUAAACGUGCUUAUACGGAUGUGAGCGCACUGGAAAGUCACGUGAAUGACCAUGUCAUCCCAACAGAGUCUCUUCCUGGAAAAGUAUUUCAGUGCUCCAGUGUUGGCUGUAGCUGCUCCUUCCCAAACAUGCAGAAAUUGAUGGAACAUAUGAGACGUCAUCAUAAACCCAACUUGUAUUUCUUGUGUGAAAAUUGCCGCACCAAGCUGCGAUCUUACCGUGGCCUUCUGACUCACCUCCACACCUGUUCCAAAGUUCCACGGGGAAAAACAAAGUCAUCAGAACAGGCUACUCUUCCGCCAGUCGGUGUGACCAAUCCAAACGUGACAGCCAUUAUGAACCCCCCUCAGAUAGACGUGAUGCCCACGCCACAAAAAGUGAUCUCUACUAAGCCGGAGAGUUCUUAAAAAGUAUUCUUGCUCACCAAAUUGUUUCCCGCUGAACUAAGAGACAUCUGGUGUCAACUUGCCUUUGUUUUUAAUGCAUUAAGGAUGUAAUCCUUCUACAAGUAUAUGUAUAUAGGCAGUGUUAGAAUGUGGAACUACUUAGCAAAUGGUUUGAAACCAUAAAUUUGGUUUUGUACUCCAUUGAUUUGUGCGUGAACUUUGUGAUCAUUUAUAACAAGAUUAUUGAUUUAUCAGUUAUACUCGUGGCUGGAGCACUUACUAUCAUUACACAUACACACACUAAAAACCCUUAAAUGAUUACUUCAAUAAGUUUGUUUCAGCAGGUAAAGAUAGGCAAUAACAAAAAUAUAUCAUUUAAAACCCCUUAAGGCCUGCAACAUGAAUCAUGAGUCAGAGAAUCCCAAUAUUUGAAAAAUCGGAUCUUAACGGAACCUUUUUUCAAAUUUGUAAAAAAAAAGUGUAAGCACCAAUAUGUAGAACCCAUGCUAAAUCCUGAUUUUUCAUAUGCAACCUGCAGACCCAUGUGUUGACUUGCAUCCAUCAAAUUCCCCCCCCCCCCCCCCCAAAAUUGUGAAUUGGUCUGAAAAUCACAAAAAUAAAGGGUUAAAUGAAAGAAUCCAUUUUGGGGGGAGGGAAAAACAUUUAAAUGGUAAUAAUUUAAAAAGUCAUUAGAAAUAGUUAAAAAGAAACCAUCUAACGGUAGGCCAUUUUAAAAAGAUUUUUGUUGAAUUAAACCUCCAUGUUAGAAAUGACACGCAGUUCAGUUCCACGCCCUAUGAAGCGCUAAAAUGCCAUGAAUAAAGAGAUGCUGUUCUAAGAAAGCAAUGCUGCUCACCUUGAAGGGGUCUCGAGUUUUACUGUUAAAAUUAGUUACAACAGUUCCUUCCAAAACUGCCAAUUUUUUGUCAAAAGUAGCAUAAAUGUGAUCAACCAUUUUUCUCCUGUCUCGAAUCUGGCAACACUGGUAAAAUCAGGCUGGCUUGCCAGGCUAGUGUUUAGCUAGAUUUAAUGUUGCAUGUGACUGUUUUUUUUUUUAGUUGACACUUUUCUAUAUAUUUAAAAACAUUUUGUCAGUUUUCAUCCCAUUGUUUUUAAUGCGGUUUCAAAUUUUGGGACACACCAUUGUUUCUGUAACACGACUGAGAACCUGAUGCAGGCAUAACACAAGUGAAGUGAUUCUUAACCUUGGUAAAUUUACCGAACCCCACACGUUUCACCUUUGCAUUCACCGAACCCUUCAAUAUUUAGUCAUAAUUCAGUUUUUAUUUUCAAAUUCAAAACCAACAUAGCUAAGCUAGCAAGCUAAUAUUUAAGUGAAUUCCUGUUCAAAUGUCACAUUCACUACAAAUAAAUUUGCCUUUUGCAGUUUUCAUGUUUGAAAAUGAAACGUCAUAUCAUUUGUUUUCAGGUCAACGUUCAUUUUUUUCCCACAUGUAAAAUUUGAAGCAAAUGUUUAUUAUCUGCGAAGUCCACGCUGCCUGUAGGUCUAGAAUUCCUCAUACCAAGUCCAAGUCAACCUUCCACUGAGCAAACCGGUUUCUCCUAUUAGAGGGCGAGCAAUAGAAAGAACAAAGCCUGUAAAUUGUAAAACAGUUUAAAAUGAGACUGCCUUUAGUCAGCGUAUGAAAAUAGGGGUUCUAUGUAUCUUAACCUUCACCUAACACCCUGGGUUCAUUCAAACCCAGGUUAGGAAUCAAUGCUCAAGUCAGAAGCUAGAUGCUUUGAGCAAACCCGUCAUUCAGUGUGCGUGUGCCUGUGGAAGAAAGUGACCGACAGUAGAGUAGAAGUACAGGGUGACCCAACCCCCCCCAAAAAACAAAUUUGGAUAGACAUCAUUUUUUGACUUUCAAAGAGACUAGCUAUAACGGUAUUUGAUAUUUUUAGAACAUCUUACAUUGAAAAUGAGCAAGCUUUAGCUGCAGUCUUUUUUUCAAGGCAAAGCUCCCCACAUAAAUUCCAAUUUCUGUCCGUUUUUAGCCUGCACUCUUUGACCAAUUCUACAUCUCACCCUUUCAACUUACAAAAAUCCAACCAACAAGUUGCUACCAAAAUCUGUUAACUCGAUGGCUGCCGUUGAUGCCGCUAGAUGCCCUAUCGAUUAAGACUGGGAAUGAAAACUCACACCCAGUCUUUCCGAUUUUCGGGGCAUUUACAGGUCACUUCCAAGUCAUUUGGGGAGAUCCCCCGGGUCACUUGCUAUUGUGUAACCCAAAAUCAACAGCAAAUGUCCCAAAAUUGAACUCUUUGCCAUUGAGAUUGUUGUCCAAUCCAUUUGAAGUAGCCCUACCAGUGACUAAGUGAUCAAACUCAUUCCAAUUCACAGGAGAAGGAUGAAAAUACCUUGUUAAUAAUUGUUUAGUAGAAUAUCAAUGAGUUCUUCACCCAGGUAUCUGUAAUUGUUGUAUAGCCAUAUCGUGAAAUCAUCGUUCUCGUAAGUAAAUCAUAUCGUGAUGUACUUCAGAGGUUUCCACCCAUAUGCCACUUGCAAACAAGGGCAUCCAGCUACCUUAUCCUUAUGUUUGGGAAUCAUAUUUUCCCUCGAUAAAAGCUGGCAUAGAGACAGAUGAUGAAUUCUACGGACCCCCUUUACAAGAAAUGGACAAAAUCCCCCAAAUUUUAUUUGAUAUUAAGAAUGAGCUGAUAGAAGUACUUGACUACUGUCACAGAUAAAAAGGUCUGUUUACUGUAUUAUAACACAAUAUCACAUGUCAAAGCCAUUUAAUCAUCCUAAUGCAAGACAUAUCAUGCAAUUUAAAGUGUUUGUAAAGGAAUAAUCAAUGAAAAGAAAGUAUUAAUCUGCUUCAAUAACUUGGUCCAUCCGUCGAAGGAAAUCCUAUCCAUUCUAUUCUACUUUCUUAGGACUCUGAAAACAUGAGUCAUUUUUAAUUGACAACUGUUAUAAAUAGGAAAAAGGGCGUACAAAAAGAAUAAUAAUCCCUCAGAUGAGACACUGUUGAUCUGUUUUGCUCAUUAUUGUUGCAUCAUUUCCCGUUAAUAAAAUAUUUUCUGAUCAAUGGCGUACGUCUUUCCUGCUGGAAGCCUUCGGAAGAAUAAACUGCUUCCUCUGCUCAUGUUUCCCUGGAUUAGGAAAAAAAAAAAGAAAAAAUAGUUAGCCGUGGCAAAAAUUCAUGAAGCAAUUUUAGUCACGUACUUUCAGGAGAGACAGAACCACACCUCUGUCAAGUUGGCCCCCCAUCAGACACAAAUUUAUAUAUAAACGUUUGUGCCGCUAUUGUUUUUAAGAUAUUUAUAAUUCUUUUAUAGGUCAAUCUGAGGUUGACCAUCCCCCCAUUUAAAUUAAAAAUGGCUACAAAUGGUGUCAUACGUUUAAGGCAGUUUCUAACCAGCGACAGCCUGGUGUGAAGGGUUCAGCGGCAACCCAUUCAUUGUGUAUGUGGGAGCAGACUUCUCGGCAAAAAAGUGAGCGGUGGACUUAAAAUAAAUAAAUCAUAUAAAAUAAGUUAUUGUUCUUAUUUUAGCCUUGGGUGGAACUCAAGGGCAUAGGUUUGCAAAGGGACGGUAGGGACAUAACACUAGCAACUUUUCAGGAUGCUUAAAUUGUCCCCACCAACUUUGAAGCAACCUUAUUUGUAUUAUAUAAUGUGUUCAGCUAUAUAAGUCAUCUAGAUUCUCUUCCCAUAUGUUGUAACGAUAAAAUUGACCCUACCGUUAUUAAGUGAAUUGUUUUCAGACUUACAUUUACCCCUUUUUCACUUGCUGAAUGAGCCAGUCCAUGUUUUUUCCUCAAACGCACGUUUGAUUGGCUGCUGACUUGACAGCCCCCCACGCACACACUCUCACAAUGCAGAAUUACGUUACAUGUCGACUUGCUGCCUCUUCUGCCCGCUUCAAGGAGGGAUGUUAGAAGUUUUUUUUUUCGGCCAGCAGCCACUGUAAGUAAUGUGAAAGCCUUAGUAGGACACUGCUUCAACAGAAGUGUCCUCCUAUAUGUGUAUUGUACUAUGUUAACUACAGGAAUUAAAAAAAAAAAAAAAAAAAAGAUUAUUACAUGCAUCACGAUUCGACACGUGAUGAUUCGAUUACGAUUCAUAAAGGUUCAAAAACGAUUUUCCCUCAUAACUUAUGACAGCCACUUGUAGCGGAACGAAAUUCAAGACACGUCUGCCGCCUGGACACCGUUAACGGACGCACGCACAACGUUAUAAUGGAUGCUCCCAUUUACUGGAAGAGAGAUUUACUCCUUUUUAAAAGACUGGAAAAUAAAUUUGUGUAUGAGACAGGCAGGCAGGACCAGAAGCGCGAUCCGGCGAUCUGUCGGUUUUGUGCGCAAGUUAUUUUUUAGAGCGAGAGGGGAAAAAGAGAUAGUUCGUUGCUCCUUGUCUUUCAGAUGUCCAGCAGUAGUUCUAAGGCAUUUCAAUUGAAAAAUGUCCUGAGUGUGUUGCUAAGACCUGUGUGCGUCUAUAAAAGGCAAGAACACGAACCCUCUUGUACUGUUUAGCCUUUAUUGUUGUUGUUUUUGAGAUGUUAAUAGUUAGCGCCGAGCGCUUAGCUAAUUCGCUAACGUGUAUUUCAUAUGCAGAACGUGUAAAACCAUGAUUAAGUACAGCGGUAACACUACAAACAUGCGAAAUAGUACAAAAAUCUGUUGUUGCAAGUGCUGCCUGGGAGCAGACAGGCAUGUGUGCGCGUGGGCGUGCAGGGAGAGAAGAAAGUGCGCGCGCUGUAAUGAGUGUAUGGCGAUGUUGGAGCUGGACUUUUAUAUGUGCUCGACAAUAAACGCCACAAGUUAAAAGUGAUCAAGAGCAGUUGUGAUUUCCACCUGUCACUCCAAGAAUUACACAAGGGAGGUAACACCAUGAAAACAAAGUAUAUUGGUUAAAAGAAGUCUUAUUUCUAAAGACACGUUGUGUCCAGAAAAUUUGGAAUUCAUUCCACCAGUUUAUUGUAUUGUUGAGAGAAAUAAGUACUCCGUUUAAAAUGGUUAAUGUGUAUGCACUUUCUUGUAAAAAAUACAUAAAUAAGCAGCUUAAGGGCAGCUUUUUGUUGUAUGAGCAUGUUUCCAUCGUUCCUGUUGAAUCAUAAGGAUAUUCAAAAUGAUGCCAUUUGUUUAUGCUGCGUUUGUGCUGUUAUUGUUCAUAGAUAUUGACAUAUUAAUUUUGAGGAUGACGUCAAUUGCAGCCCCACUGUCGCGUCUGAUGGAGCGUACCAACUCUCAAUAACGGGGUAUUCCAACAACUAGCGCAAGUAGUACAAACGAAUGGCACCCUUUCGGGUCCAUUUUAGAGAAAAUGGGGAGCUGCGAGUCACGUCAUCACUUGAAAUUAUUAUCUCGAGUCCCCAGAUGAAUAGGAAGUAACUCAAAGUAAACCUGAGGUAACCUGUAAAUCCCCACAAAAGACUGGCUUUGAAUGCUAUGGUUUCAGUGUCAUUGACAGUGCUAAACAUCCAAUCCAAUCAAAAUGGACGUCCAGCACCAUCAAUGGCAGCCAGUGAGCUAACACUAUUCUAAUCGAAGAUUUUGCUGACGUACGCCGAGGUUGCCGACAACCUGCCAUAUAACAUAUAAUAAUCCCAAACUUUCCUAUUUAGUCACGGCCAUUUAGAAAACAAAUACACACCAUAUUUGCGGCAGAUGACAGUGAUUUCCCAGGUAUUCAACGCAUCAUCUGGAAAUGUAAUAUCGACUGCAAUUUUCCAUUACAUUUAGAGCAAUUUAAGACCUUGAUUAUUGAUUUUAAAUUUAAGACAUUUAAAGUUUAUUUUUUAAGCCCGUGACACUCGUGAGGAUAAGCGACUCGGAAAAUGAAUGAAUGAGAAAAGACUUUAGAAGAUCCGUGGGAAUCCUGCUCCCCCUCCCCCCAAUAAAAAAAAUAAUAAAGAGAAAUGAGCUGACCUCUCUGCUUAGAUGUUUCCAACAGUGCACCCAGGUAGGAUAUAUUGAUGCAUAGGGGGGACGCCCUCCAGUGAGCCUAAGUGGAUAAAGAAAAUUGUGUGAUAGACAUCAUUGGAGACUAGGAAACCUAUAUUACUCUGCUAACUCACCCGCAGUUAUUGACAGCCAUGAUGUUCGACACCAAAACAAAAGGGUAUGUGAGCAUGCUGGCCAAGAACUGGAUAAAAAAGGAGCAAAAGAAGGCAUUAAGUGGUGGAACAGCCUUAUGUUGCAGCACAAGAUUUGGAGGUAAAAUGAAACGAUUUCUCUGUCAUUAGGACUUCAACAGGUACUUUUUCUUUUUGGUCAUGAGCAAAUGUUACUCGGUCAAUAUAUCUGAGCUCAUAGAAGGCCAAUUCAGAGUAGUCCAAUGUGUGUGUGUCUCUCUCUCUCUCUGACAUUGUUGGGUGUUUUUGGCUGUGUUACGGGUCAACCGAGCUUUCUGACAUUAGGCGCAAGCUUUCUCCCCAGAAUGCCUUAUCAGGAUUAAAUACAGCGGGAAACCCGAGAAACAUGCGACAGCCAAUUUUCAUAGCAGUCUGGGGUGAAAUGUUCACUGCAGAGUCGUCUCCAUUCUUCUCGCGUCUUGACAAAACGUUGCGAUAUCUUUAGGAAAUUUGUGCAGUGUGACAUACACCAUUGCUGGUGAAUGGGAUAAUAAGGAAGUGCAGCCUCGCAACAGUGUAAUGCAAUGUAAUUUGCAUUUUUUUUUAAAUGAUGACGUUCUGUACAAAUGCAUUCUUGAAAUCUGCUGUUGCCUCAUUGAUUCCCCAUCUAAGCUGAGAUACUGUGAAUUUCCCUCUGAAUUCACCAGGAUUACUGAAAUGGCACAUUGUUUUCUUGUUCGCUGUCCAGAAGUGCUGCUACUUGCAAAUAAGUAUUUCAAAGACUCCUGUUUUAUUCAUCAGUUGUCAACAGAUUUCAAGAAUGCAUUCAUGCAGGAGAAUGUCAUUUUAAAUGAAAAUUCCAUCAGUUUUUUUAACAUGUUUUAAGGUUUCAAUUAUUAUGAAUAAAAUAUUUUUGUCACUUUUGGUUUUAUUGGAUUCUUAAAAAGUUUUUUUUGGGUCACCCUGUAUCAUCACAAAAUCAAACUAACUAGAGUUGCCGCUGGGAAACUUUCGUGAAUCAACACACAAUGACCCCAUGGAUAAAUACCGAGAGCUUACCCCUGUCAUAGCCUGAGAGCAGUUCUUGAUUUCUCCUGUGUGGCUCAUCUGUAGACAGAAAAAUGGAAAAACUUAAAAGAUUCUAGCUGUAACCAGACCAGUGUUGUUUUCGUCAACAAUGAAGAUAGGAAAAAUAUUUUGUCAACGAACAAUUUUUUCAUGACGACGACGAGCUAAAAACCUGCCUUGGGACACGAAUAAUUUGUGACGAAUGCCAGUUUUCGUCUGACGAGACGAAAAUGCAACAUCGUUUCUGUCAUAUGUUCACAAUGUGUGACAUUUUCAUAUUGUAAGUGGAGUACGUCAGCUUGCAUUGUGGCAGUGUUUGGGUCAUGUCACUCAUGUGAGAUCUCCUUCCGCAACAGUUUUUAGGAUGUACUUUAUCUCAAGCUAUACUGCGCUCCAUCUUGCUUGUUUGGAAACACGGUAAGAUUUAUUUCCUAUGUUGGCAAGAGAGAAUAUGCAAUGUUGCUUUAGCCUUGAGUGAUCAUCAGGCGCUAAAUUUAACUCCUAGCGUUGGCAUUGGAAUAAGCUUCAGAAUGGCGAGCGUCCUCUUAAAACACUGGCCAGUCUAAAGCAGAGCCACUUGGCUUUUCUGGUCAGUAAGUUCAGAGGAUGUUAAAACACUCACACAACUUGGCGAAUUUUUUUUUUCUUUUUUACAUACAAUUCAUGGCUUCUAGGUAGGUCUAAUUGUAGAAAAUGUACUGCUUUUCCUGCUGUGUAUUAUCGUCACAAAUUUUUGCUGUAGGCAGUAUCAGCUCCUUUGCUAUGGUGUGGGGUUAUUUUGCACUGAGCAACUUGGUAUGCCACUGUAUAUGAUGCUAACAGUGCUCAAUGGUUUACUGCUCUACUGACAAAGCGGAAUGACUGUUAGCAAUAUUUGGCAUGUUUUUGCUAGGGAAAAAAAAAUCAAGCGGCUCAUCAAUGUGAUUGGUGUCCAAGGUCUUCAUUGAUUUGGCUUCCUGUGCCUGCUGCAAACAUUUUUAGACACAGUAAACAGACUGGUCUGUCCUCAUCUCACACUGUAUUAAAAGUCAUAGCCAAACGCUACAUACGCUUUGUCAUAUUUCCUUGUCGUAGCUCUUAAUAUCUCCAGUGCUCUUUGCUGUGUGCUCUAGUUUGUUUAAAAAAUGCAGCCCACUCUGAAAAUGAGAGCACCACUACCACCCACUGAGUGGAUCUGCAAUUACACUUUAUUCUAGUACGGCAAAAAAAUUAUGUGCCCCGAGGUCACAUGCGCCACCCUCGGCAUCGCUCUAUGCCCCACUAUUUGAGAAGUACUGAUGUAACCUAAUGUGUGGAUAUCUAUGUUAUAUAUGUUUUUGCAUGUGUGGAUUACUAGGACUGUUACUAACAUCUUUAGAAAUCUAUUCAUCAAGAAAAAUUGUUCAAAAUGUUUUACCACCACUGUAUUCACAAAUACAUAUAUGGACUUAAAACAAAACGAACCAUACCGAAUCAUCAAUAGCGUAAGUGUUGACGAAGUGAGCCAGCAGGUUACAAAUCCACAGAGCGAAGAUAUCUCCAAGGAGUCGGGGGAUCAAUCCACUAUGAGAAAAAGGGAAAAGUAAGAUAGAAUUGUGGGGGAUAAAACAGUACAGCAUGAAUCAGCAACAGUAUCUGCUUUUAAAUUUGUACCCUAGCUUGAUGUCCAACACAGCAAUCAAUCCUCACCAGAAUUUAUAUGGAGAUACGGUAUCAUGCCCUUUUUCAACAUCUAAAAAGAGCAACUAUUGUCCCAAGAUUUUUGAUUUUGGGACAUUUUAGACCAUUCCCACUUGUGUGAACAGUGUGACACAUUCGUGGGCAGGGAAGAAACCUCAAAAUAAUCCGAUUAAAAAAAAAAAAAACACACACACACACACAAAAAAAAAAGAACAAACAUUUAUUUUUAAGAUUAAUGACAGACUGACAAUGUAACGAAAUGUAUGAAUUGUUGUUUUUUUUUAUUUCUAAUAAAUUUGUUAUUAAAAAAAAAAAAAAAAUCCAUCUGGAAAAAAGUAAAAGACUGAAGCGUGUGGUGAAUAAUUUCUGGAUACAUUGUAUUUACGUCUGGCUCAGUGAUGUAUCAGGAUUAUUUUGUGAAGGACUUAUAGAGCCAAAAUAUUUUUUUAUCAUGAGAGCUGUGUGUAAAUGUGUAAAUGAAAAUUUUGAAGAAAUAACUGAAAUAAUAAACAUACGCAAAGAAUCCCAGCAUCCCUUCUUCUCUGUAGAUCGUGAUGAUGGAAUCAAAGACUCCGCUAAAAAAGGGAUUCAUAUCAUUUUCCAAAUGAUACAGCUUCUACAGUUUGUCAAGUGUUUGGAAUGCAUGAAAAUGUUACCUGUAUUUUGUUUCUCUUCCAAUAAACUGCACCAUACAACGCAACGUAAUCACUGUAAGACAAUGCAAGAAAAUGAACGCAACAAAAGGAAUUCAGCUCAAUUUUCUUUCAGCCCACCAACACGUUCAAACAAAUCAUACCGUUUAUAACAGUAGAUGAAGGCAACCAAGUGCAGUUUAUAUGAGUGAAGUCCAAAUUACAUACCAUGAAAGGGAUGCGUAAUGAUGGUGGCAAAAGAACGAGCUAUCAUCUCUUUGUUUGUCUGGAGAAGAAGAAAUGUACAAAACACACUUAAGCUUACCAAAUGGUCACAUUUUGCCACUAAAUUUAAAGCCAGUGCGAGUAUUUUUUUAUGCUGACAAACUUCUUCACGGUUAAAUCCACUAGUUGGUGGAAAUAUAACGAGCUGGUUUGGCAAGGGAAAAUACAACAGAAGAAAAUAAGGUGGACAACAGUGUUGUUAAUCUUACUUUUAAAAAGUAAUUAAUUAGUUACAAAAUACUUCUCCAAAAAAGUAAUUGCAUUAGUAACUCAGUGACCUGAAUGUAAGAGUAAUUAGUUACUUGAUAAAGUAACUGGUGAUAAUUUUCAUGUUUUUUUUUUUUUUAAGUUUAAAAGGGUUUUUGGGACAAUUGGCCUAGCCCAAUUCUUUACCCUAAUCUUAACUAGACACAGGGAUAUUGCAGAUAUUUCGAUUACUAGAUAGUAACCUUUUCUAUGUUUGUAAGUCAUUUAAUGUUGUGAAUCAAACGUUACAGCUGUUCAAAUGGCUCUCGUUAUUGCAUUAGUUCCCUUCUGUCUACUUUCGACAUGGUUAAGUUUUAAAACUGUUUCAUCAUUUAAAAGAUAGAUUUAAGUCAAGAUUUUGCCGAUUUAGGAGCAUUUUAGAUAAUAAGUUACUUAUGUUUGCUAGGAAGGUUCUCUACAACAGAGCCUUCCUGAGAAGUCUACUGCUUUAAGAUGGCAGCUGUUUACCAACGCAUCUAGUUCUUUAUACAUGUUGCUAAUGCCGCCGUGUCUGUCGUUUGCAUCUAAUUAUAUAUCAGGCAUGAAAAUGGG